GCCGCGUUCCCCCUUCCCGGUGCCGCUCCCGCUGCAAUGCGGGCGGUGUCCGCCAGACGGCGCCGCGCGCGCCGCGCCGGCAGCAGGAUCGGGGAUCGGGAGCGGGAUCGGGAUCCGGAGCGGGAGGAGGCGGCGGCGGCGAAAGGAAAUUUCCUGCCGGGAGCCGCCGCCCCGACCCAGAGCGCCUGCCCGGGCGGCCCGGCCGCGGCCCCAGCGGCCACAGCGGCCCCGCGGAGCCGCCGCCGCCGCGCAGAUCCCUGAAGAAUGGCAUUUCUUUUAUUUCUGUUGUCCAGGCACCAGCACAGCUCCUCAUGAAACACCACUGUGAAAACCAGUCCAGGAUGGAACAUUCCUGCUCGCUCCUGCUGCUCUGUGUUAGUUUUCUAGUUGCACAAGCUCUGCCACCCAAUGGAACUGAAUUUCCAAAACCAACCACAACAACCAACUCCACCGAAGAGAACAACUUGCACAAGGACCUGCUCACUUCUCUGCUGAUUCUGGGCCUGGUUGUCAUCAUCUUCCUGGUGCUGGUUGGGUAUUUUUUCAGGUUCAGGAGACACAGGAAAGCCGUUGUGACCUCCGGGGACAAAAAGAUGCCGAACGGGAUCUUGGAAGAACAAGAACAGCAACGGGUCAUGUUGCUCAGCAGGUCUCCCUCAGGCCCGAAGAAGUAUUUUCCUAUUCCGGUGGAAAAUCUAGAGGAGGAAAUACGGAUACGCUCGGCAGACGAAGGGAAGCUCUUCCGGGAGGAGUUUAAUUCAUUAACAUCUGGAUAUGUGCAGGGAACAUUUGAAAUGGCAAACAAGGAAGAAAACAGGGAGAAGAACAGAUAUCCCAACAUCCUGCCAUAUGAUCAUUCCAGAGUGAUUUUGACCCAAAUUGAUGGAGUCCCAGCUUCAGACUACAUUAAUGCAUCAUAUAUAGAUGGUUAUAAAGAAAAGAAUAAAUUCAUAGCAGCACAAGGGCCUAAGCAAGAGACAGUCAAUGACUUCUGGAGGAUGAUAUGGGAGCAGAAGUCAGCCAUUAUCGUCAUGUUAACCAACCUGAAAGAAAGAAAAGAGGAAAAAUGUUACCAGUAUUGGCCUGACCAGGGGUGCUGGACUUAUGGAAACAUCCGCGUGUCCGUGGAGGAUUGUAUAGUGCUGGUGGACUACACCAUCCGCAAGUUCUGCGUGCAGUCGCUUCAUGAUGGUUGUAAAGCUCCAAGGCUUGUCACACAGCUUCACUUCACCAGCUGGCCAGAUUUUGGGGUGCCUUUCACACCUAUUGGGAUGCUGAAAUUCCUGAAAAAAGUCAAAGCAUUGAAUCCUGCCCAUGCUGGACCAAUUGUGGUUCACUGUAGCGCUGGCGUGGGACGCACGGGCACCUUCAUAGUCAUCGACGCCAUCAUCGACAUGAUGCACGCGGAGCACAAGGUGGACGUGUUCGAGUUCGUGUCCAGGAUCCGCAACCAGCGGCCACAGAUGGUCCAGACCGACAUGCAAUACUCCUUCAUUUAUCAAGCCUUACUCGAGUACUACCUCUAUGGGGACACAGAGCUCGACGUGUCAUCCCUAGAAAAACACCUCCAGACAUCCCACAACGCGGCCCCAAACCUGGUCAAAUUGGGGCUGGAGGAAGAAUUCAAAAAGUUAACGAACGUUCGGAUCAUGAAAGAGAACAUGAGAACUGGGAAUCUUCCAGCAAAUAUGAAGAAAGCAAGAGUCAUCCAGAUCAUCCCGUAUGAUUUUAACAGAGUGAUUCUGUCAAUGAAAAGAGGGCAAGAAUAUACAGACUACAUCAAUGCUUCCUUCAUAGAUGGCUAUCGCCAGAAGGAUUAUUUCAUUGCCACCCAGGGCCCUCUUCCACACACAGUGGAGGAUUUCUGGAGGAUGGUGUGGGAGUGGAAGUGCCACACCAUUGUGAUGCUCACAGAGGUCCAGGAGAGGGAGCAGGAAAAAUGUUGCCAGUACUGGCCAUCGGAGGGCUCUGUGACUCACGGAGAGAUCACCGUGGAAAUCAAGAGUGACAGCCUAUUAGAUGCCAUCAGUGUGAGGGACUUCCUGGUCACCUACAGUCAGGGUAACCAGGAGAAGCAGAGCAGGCUCGUCCGGCAGUUCCACUUCCAUGGUUGGCCAGAAAUCGGGAUUCCUGCAGAAGGGAAGGGGAUGAUCGACCUCAUUGCAGCCGUGCAGAAGCAGCAGCAGCAAACAGGGAAUCACCCCAUCACUGUGCACUGCAGUGCUGGUGCAGGGAGAACAGGGACCUUCAUAGCACUGAGCAACAUCCUGGAAAGAGUGAAGGCUGAAGGGCUCCUGGAUGUGUUUCAAGCUGUGAAGAGCUUAAGACUGCAAAGGCCACACAUGGUGCAAACACUGGAACAGUAUGAAUUCUGCUACAGAGUGGUACAAGAUUUCAUCGACAUCUUUUCUGAUUAUGCUAAUUUUAAAUGAGAAUUCUGCCUUAUUUUUUAAUUUGUCUGUACAAAAUGUUGUAUAUUCUGUUAAUUUAUUCCAUGUCAUUUUGGUUGUUGAGUUUACUGUAAAUACAAUGUUGUGUUUGCUCUUAAAGUUGCAUUUGCUGUACAGAGUUCUUUCUUAAAUAUAAAUAUCUUCUAAAGGGAAGUAUAAUGUUCCUGUACUGUAUAGAUCUGUAAGAUGGGAUAGAAAUCUUUAUUCUAAAUAAGAGUAAAUUAACUCUUGAGGGUCUAUUUCUCGAGUUUUGCCACUUAUAAAUAUUUAUCAAUAAUGUUACGUCCCAAUUCUUGAAGCUUUUGAUGGAUGAUUUACAGUUCAUACUGAAAAAAAAAAAGUCACUCGUGGUACCUAUGUGUAAACAUAUUUUGGCCAUAAAUUUCUCUUCACUAUGGAAAUAGUUAUUUAUUUUUAAAGGCUGUUUUUAACAGCCUCCAGAUCGAUGGCAGUUUGAUUUUGAGUCUUGCUGUCCAUAAAGUAUAAACACAGAUUUGAAUUUUUGAGUUAAUAUACCUUUCAAAGUCAAGUCAUUUUGUUCUUUCCUAAAUAUCACACUUUUAAAUCGAUUUAAAAAGACAAUAAUGUGAGUUUACCACUAUUUUGAGAAUAUUUUACGUAUGUGAAGAGUCUAUUUUGCAGCACCUGAACUUAUCCACUCAAAGAGCAAGGCCAGAAAUGGAAUUAAAGCUUCUCUUCUCUAUUUACAGGGGCAGAAUUUCCCACUUCUUUUAGCAAAGGCAAAAGAGAUAAACUCUUAUUGCUUGAUGUGAUUAAGAAUAUUGGUAAGAAUUGGAGAAAACAUUUUACUAACAGUUUAAUGCCAGAAACAUUGUGUUGAAGCAAAAAGUUCUUACCCUCCCAUAUAUGUUAUCAAAAAAGGACUGUUUUCUUUCUCUAAAGGGGUGUAUGAUUGUGUACAGAGAUAUAUUUUUAAUGGAAGUACUACUGAUAAUAGAGUUGGUGAAAUAACAUUUCAAAGUCUUUAUUAGAGCCCCGAACAGGAGGUUUGGGGGUUAGAAAAUCCAGAAAUCACAGGGCAUCCGAAUGUUGAAUAAUUCAAAAGUGGAUCUUUCCCGCUCUUUCCAAGGCACCUAUGACUUAAUGAGCACAAAGGAGGUGAAUCUGUACUUUAAUUACAUAAUUAGUAUGCAAUUCUGUCUUGUCCAGUUGGGCUUUUUUGAUGCAAACAUAAAAAUUAUUUCAAAUAAGCAGCUUCCACUGAGCAUUUCCCUGCUGCUCCUGCACUGUAUUAUCCCAUUUCUGAUAUAAAUCACAUUAUACCAGUGCAAGGGAACAGAAAGGUGUCCACACCUCUCCUUCCUUGUCAUGCUGGAUGGAAAAGCUGCAGGUUAGGAAUUCCUAAGCUAUUCCCACGCUGCUUCUUGUCUUCCCAUCGAUGCACUUCUGUAUUUAUUUGUACAGUGAAUUUUGCACUUAAAAAAAAAAAAGAUUGUUGAAAGACUAAACCUUUGUUGUGAGUCUCUAUGAGAAGAUACACUCAAGCCACAGUGUUGAGUAAUGGAAAUGAGCUCUGAGGAAGUUUCCAUUUACUGCUGCAUGCUGAAAGUCCAUCAAAAUUUACAAAAGCCAUCAAAUAAAUUCAGUGUGGACACAGUGGGGGUUUCAGAAUGAUAGUUUGUAGCACAGGGAGACUGAGAGGUUUAAUGAGGAUGGAGAAUAAUGCAAAGAAAUUCCCAUUUUCCGAUCCUGAUAUCAGGAUCUUUCCAGGCAUUUAGUUUGGAUAGUAAUUUCUCUGUUGGACAGAUUUUGGGGUCCCUUGAGUAAAAACUUGGAUUGGAAGUUGUCUCAGUGCAACGGUGAUUUAGUGUGAUGUUGUUGGGGUCUCACAGCCCUCACGGCAACAGGAGCUGCAGCACAACAACCAGUGGUAGGAUGGAGUUAAGCUGAAACUUUAAAUACUCAGUGGGUACUCAGAUUUUAGUUGGUAACUGUAUUCAGAUUUCUAGGAGGAGAGAGAAAUACCGAAAAUAUAUUUCAGGAGUCACAACUAAAGCUCCAUAAUGAGUUUUUUAUCAUUUGGAAAGCUUUGCUUCCCAGUCCUUGUGUCCAGCCUGAUCCCUGGGGAGCUGUGUCCUGGUGGAGAUGAAUUUUCCUUUAAAUUCCCUUACAUUGCAUGGAAUGGCUUUCAAAGGCCAAAUAGUUGGAUUGGAAGUUGUACAUUCUGAUCUGUCUGUGGUUUUGGUCACUGUGUGACUUGACUGUCGAUGUGUUCAGAUUGGUUCCAGUUCACCUCAGCAUUUAAGCUUCACAACAUCUUUAUUCCACAAUCCGUGGGGGUUCCACGGGUUCCAUGUUCCUGGAGCAAUCCCUUAAGUGCUUUGCUGAAUUGGGCCUUAAUGAAGAAUGCAUAUUGUAAUUACAGUGUUUUUUAGGCUAUUUUUAUGUAUCAGUUUUUUAAACUUUUCAAACAAGCCUGACCACCCAUGUUCAGUAUUUUGAAAUGUUUUCCUUUCCCUCAUCCCAUUUUUCCAUGUAAAGUUAUGGAAACUUUUCUGUAUAACCAAAAUGUAUUUAAUUUGUCAAAUCUUUAUAAUAUAUGGAUGUAUUAUACAGUUUCAGCUCUUAUUAUUUCCUUUUAUUACAUUUCUAAUUUGAUCUCGCUGUGUUUUUAAUGCCAGUGAAUGUUGCUGAAUUAUUUGUACAUGCAAAUCACAGGAUCUAAUACAUUCUGAUGCAAGAACAAAGCUUCCUUUUUAUUCUCAAACUGCAUUACUUCCUUUAAAUCUUUGAAUUUCAUUCCUCUGCUGUGGGUUCAUUUGAAUUAAGUAUUCUAAAAGAGUUGAAAUCCAUUAUCUAGAUAAGUAUUUUCAGUGCUUAUCUGCAGCUGGAUGUGGGGAAUAUUCUGGUUCAUGUUGGGGCUGAACAUAUCAAGUGUAGAAACUCGUGGCAGCAGCUGAAAUCCAGGUCUUUCCAAACUCUGUGGAUAAGUAGCAUCUGACAAUGCAGAGCUUUGACAUGUCUUUUAAAUAUAGUGAAAUAAUACAGUGAUAAAUUAUGGUGUCAUACCAAGAUAAAAAUAGUAGCUAAACUCUCAGGUAUGUUGACAGUUCACUGUAGUUAACAACAAUUUUUAAAUUCAUUUCCACAAGCUUUAUAUUGGACAUCUUGCUAAAAAUAACCAAGAAGGCCCCGCUGCUGUAACAAGGAGGGAGGUUUGAGUAAACCAGGAGUAACCAUGCUCAGAGAUUACAAUCCUGAUGUCAAGCUUUAUUUGUCAAGUAGGAUUUAAUGAAGCAAUAUUUCUGUUGGACACCUUUGGCCCUGUACACCCAACACCUCCCAUCUGGGAGGCACCUUUUCACUGUAGGUAAUUUUAGGAUUAUUGUUUCUACAGUUGUUUGGAGAAACUUGUACUCUGCAUGUCCCUCCUGUGCACUGUUAUAACAUUUGCAAAUGAUAGGAAACGGCCUCAAAUUGUACCAAGAGAUGUUUAGAUUGGAGAUUAGGGAAAAUAUUUUCAGGAAAAUGGUUGGAAAGCAUUGGAAUGGGCUGCCCAGGGAGUCCCCAUCCCUGGAAGUGUUCAGAACACGUGUGCAUGUGGCACUUGAGGACAUGGGUUUGUGGUGAACUUGCUGGUGGUGCUGGUUGACACUUGGACUUGGUGAUCUUGGAGGUCUUUUCCAAACUUAACAAUUCUAUGAUUAGAAUUUUCCAUUACAUGUAAAAGCUAUCAAUUUUAACUUUUUAAAAUAAUUCCAGGUGAGCUGAUAAAAUGUUUUGUGUGAUUGGAUCUUGUCCUUUUAGCAGCUCUCAAGAUGCACAGCUUGAAGUUAGCUUGGUGUGAGGACAGACAGAUGCCUUGGGGUGGUUUCAGAAAAUAGAAGACUCUCAAGUAUUAAGCAGUUAUUAAUAACUUUUAAUAGAAAUAAAUAUUGUUAACUGUAAUUAUUGAUUACUACAGCUCUGCACAAUUUCUACAGUGAACAUAUGGAUGUUCUUAUACUGCACUGAUGGUAAAGUGUUUUGUUUUCGUUUUUUUACUUCUAAACAUUGCAAAGAAAUACCAUAAAGACCUUGUACUUCUUUAUUUUGUGAGAAGGAUGAUUCUGGUUUUAGAAACUCAGCUUUUAGUGAAAAAAACCACACUUGAAUUAUAAACUGUUCAUGAAAUAUAUUUAUUUCAGUGGGUUAUUUAAACAGUAUAAACUAAGGCAGAUCAAAGACAUGUUUGUUCUGUUUAGGGCAUAUAUAUCAAAUCCAAGCAAUGCUUUGCCUAAUGCAGAAAUUAUUCAAUGCAGAAAUUGUUCAAUUGAGAAUUUUUCAAGCAAUUGAACUUCACUGUGAGUGUUCUUCAUCUGAGGUAUUAAAGGAUUAGGUUGUAAUUUAGAUCCUUUCAUAAGAGCUUUGUUCUAAUGACUUUUAUACAUUUUCUGUGCUGCUUUGCACAAAGUAGGGGAAUUACUGAGUUAUUAAUCGAGUUGAGACUUUGCCAAGGAAGUUCUUUCCAUAAAUAAUCAUUUUAUUCUUUCACCUGUUUCCAUUGCAUGAAAAACUGUUCCAGUGUUUUCCUGAAUGUCACACUCAAGCUGUCCAUAAACUUUGAACAAAAGAUCUGUGCUGUGACUUCUUUCCAGUUGGGUGGACACAAAGAAAGGAAAACUCUCCCAGUCAGGAAGAUCUUGAGAAGGAAUUAUUGAGCACAGUAUUUUCUAGCUGAGAUUUUUAUAGUAACCUUGUCCUUCCAAAGCCUGAAGGGAGCCUGACAGGAAAGAUGGGAGAGAGACUAUUUACAGGAGCCUGGAGGGACAGGACAAGGGGCAAUGGCUUCAAAGUGACAGAGGGCAGGGCUAGAUGGGAUAUUGGGAAGGAAUUGUUGGCUGUGAGAGUGGGGAGGCCCUGGCACAGGUUCCCAGAGAAGCUGUGGCUGCCCCAUCCCUGGAGGUGUCCAAGGCCAGCUGGGACAGGGCUUGGAACAGCCUGGGCUAGUGGAAGGUGUCCCUGCCCAUGGCAGGAGCUGGGACUUAAAGUCCCUUCCAACCCCAACCAUCCUGUGAUUCAUGGAUCAAGUAGGAGUUGUUUCCAAGGAAGCAGCACCUAGAAUAGCUUUCCUCCCGUGUUUUUAAGUACACAGGUAAAGUAUGUACUCUAUACUUUAAUUUAGAUUGAUUUCAUUUGCUGAAUCCAGUGGAAUCUUUCCUUGGUCCUAAAAAAAAAGUGUAUAAAUGGCUGAUUCAGGCGUGCAAAAGGACUGACUGGGUGAUGCAAAGCCCCUCUUAAGGUCACCCUUAGGAUUAAAACUGAUCUACUGAAGUUGAUUGCAAAACUCUCUGGAUUUACUGACUAAGAAUUUUCCUCCCAGAUCAGGCACAUGGUGGGAUUUCUUGGGAUUGUCCUGGGCAGGGCCAGGAGUUGGACUGGAUUAUCCUUGUGGGUGAUUUUGUAAUCCUUUGGAAUUGGGAAAUCUUACACAGACCCAGACCAUGUCCAGUCCCAGGUAUGGACUGCAAAGCAUUAAUUUACAUUUAAAAACUGACAUAAUUUUGAUGUGUCAUUGUGUCAUUUGCUCCCCAGUCAUCUUUCCUGGCUUUGGAGCCUUUCUGUGCCUAUUGAAAAGCUGCUUUUCAAGAUGAACUUUUAUUACAGGAAAUAGAGAUUUUGUUUAAAAAUA